AUGAUUAAGUUUGAUAAAACAGAUACAAUAGUAGUGACGAAUUUUUUAAUUGAUCGUUUUUGCGUAUGAGCAUCGCAAAAAUUAUAUCAUCAUAAGAAACAAUCUCUUUUGUAUAGGAUCUAGACUACAGAUGUUUCGAUUACAAAUACAUACUCAUAUUUAUCUAGCACUGAAUUUCACGUUUCGUCCAUAUCUCUUUUCAAUAAAAUCUCUAAGCGUUAGUUGAAUGUAUUUUAGCAUAGUAGAUAUACUUGAAGGAGUAUUUUAUCAAUGAUUAUCCAUAGUAUGUACAAUUUUGUUAAGUUAACAAAUGUUGAAAUAUAUGGCAAGAAGAAAGAACUUUCCUUAUCAUCUUACUCCCAUAGACGACCAUUACAGACCUGUUGACACGUUUGUCAGUCUGAUCUUAGGUUUCUAAUGGGCUAUGAUAGAAAGAGAGAGAACAAGAUUUAUCCGUAAUGAUGAAAGUAACUUCAUCGCAGAGAUUACAUUGACAGCUUUUUACUUAAGUAGAGAGUGUAAUUUGAUAUAUUUGAAUAACUAUUAGUUAGUUAAACAAUAAGUUGUUAGAGAAUUUUAUGUCAGAAUGAAGAUUCAUGCCUAUAUACUUUCUCAAUUACAUUAGAUGGAGUAAUUGUUUCUCUUUAAAUUUGUAUCUCGGACACUAUUCAAUCUUAGAUAUUAAGUCUUGUCGAAACAUUUUCAGAUUGUACAAUCAAAUAGAAUCAAUAUUGUAGAAAACAUUUUUUUGCAUUUUAGGUCCUGAUAGUGAAAUAAAACCAACAAUGUGUCAACUUCCAUUAGUUCCUAGAUACAAUACCAGUAAAAUAAUUGUAGCUGGAACUGGAUCACAAAGAUCGACUAUCAAUGAAUUAAAUUCACUCAUUGGCAUAGCAUUGGAUAGUAUGAGUAAUCUCUAUGUGCUAGACGCCGGAAACAGUCGUGUUUUAAAAUAUCAUGCUGAUUCAAAACAGGAGGAAGCUGUUAUUGGACAAGGCAUGGAUCGAUAUCCUAAAGCUUCUUCCUUAAAAAGGAUAUUUAUUGAUAAAAACGAUCUACUUUAUACCUAUCAAGAGAAUACAGAUCAUUAUGGUGUAAUUGUUAGUUGA